AUGGCAUCACGUAAUGGAGAGCAAGAAAGUCUCAAGAAGAAAGUUGCUAAAGUAAGAGAAGUUGUCUCUACAGUAUCAACAAAUGAUAUUGUUUUAGCUCUUCACAGUUUUGAUUUGGAUGUUGAAAAAACUAUAAGAGCACUUUGUGAACAAGACGUCACUACAGUUAUUGGUGAUUGGGAAACAACAGGAAAUGCUCCGGUUAAAAAAAAUAGAAAACAACGAAGAUUAGAAUUAAAUUCACAAAAAUCUCAGGGUAAUUCGGGAAAAACCCCUACAAUAUCAUCAACAACAAAUAGUACCAUUAAUAAUAGUACAACAGUUGUACCAUCACCAACACCAUCGAAGGUACCAGUAACUACAACAUCUAAAGUGUCUGGACAACAAAAAGUUACCUUACCACCACCAGGACCAAAAUUACAAUCGAUGACUACUACUACUACUACAUCAUCGACAGCAACAAUUAAUACAAAUCAGGUAAAAAAUAAACAAAGUCAAGGCAAAGAUUCGCCUAUACCUACAUCUGCCUCAGAUAUUGAGAAUAUAUUUAAACAAAUACGACAAGCUCUAUCUGAAAGAGAAAAAUACCUUUUGACACAGGUUAAAUCUCAUCCAACACAAUAUUUUAAUAUAGAUCCAUCUAUUGUCCUUUCAACAAUAAAUAAUUUGGGUCAACUUUCAAGUAUCAACAAUAAAAAUACCAUAAUUUCUUCACCUUCAUCUUCUAGACCAAAUUCAAAUAAUAGUUUAAAAAAUGCAACAUCACACUCAUCACUUGUUAGUUCAGUUGGUGAUGACUCAGGACUUGGUCAGGUAUCACCAGUCUCUGUAAAAGGUAAAAAACAAUCCUCUACAACAGGAGUAUCAACAGUUGCCAUAAAUGAAGGUGGUAUUAAUAUGGAGAGUGACUCAUUUUCAGUUGAUCAGUUAGCUGAAAUUCAACGAAAACUUCAGGAAACAUUAAGUGCUCAAGGAAUAGAUAUUUCACUUGUUCAAUCAAUGUCUGAGAACACUCCAUCAUUUGUUAAUCGUAGUAAACAAAAUCAACAUGAUAGACAAAGACUUCAAAAGAUGGAGAAUAGUAACUCUAGACAACAUGUUGGUAAGAAUAAGCUUGGUAAAGGAAUUCAAGCCUAA